AUGGACGACAUCGAUAAUUUCAGGGAGCGGGCCUUGGAGGUGGCCAAGGAUUUGGAGGUUUUCAGCGAAGCCUAUAAUGUAGGCACUCUUAGGAAUCGUGCAGAGGAGGCAGCAUCAAGAGCAGUUCAUGAUGCUUCACGGCGUAUUGAAGAGGCAAUGGCAAAAGCUGAAAUGACUAAGAGAAGGAUAUUGGAGGAAGCAGAGCGUGACGGAAAAGGCGAGACAGAUUCCAUGAAGAGAGAAAAGCUAAUUGCUGCUUUGGAACGAGGAGACAGGCUGCAGGAGCAAGUGACCGAGCUGGAAUCAUCGAUCGCUGAGCUGCGACGGGGCGCCGACGAGGCUCAGAAGGAGAAGAGCUGCGUCGAGUCCGCCUCCAAGGAGGCGUGGCUCGAGGUCGCCGCGCUGAAGCAGGAGGUGGCGGAGCUCAAGAUCAAGAAGAGCCUCCUCGAGGAGCAGGCGGCGGAGGCGAGGGGGCCGCAGUCCAAGGGGCGCUGCGAGAGCGCCGCCUCGGGGGACACGAGCAAGUCCAGCACUAAGUCGAGCCGCUCUUGGAAGCGGCUGUUCGUGAUGUGCAGGACGGCCAGGGUUGCCUACUGA